AUGGAAAAUCGGAGAGAAGGCAUUCUGAAUUCUAUUCUUCUCAACUACGCAUCAUGUCUUAUUCUAUUUGUCGAAAACUCAAGCUUUUGCUCGUUGGCUGGCCAGCGUCGCGAGCUUCCACGAUUCUCGUGGUGUUCUCGCUACCUACGAGCGUGGUCAAAAUUGGCGGUGUUUUCAUGUACUGUGAAAAUGAUGAAAAAAAAUAAGCUCAUCGAUGAGAUCUGGCACCACAUUCGAGCAGGCGUAUCGGUCAUCGUGGAUCUCUGCGACUCCAGGCAAGCUAUCUUUCGUUUUAGUUCGUUGGGGGGCAGGCUUUGGUUUCUAACAAGAAGCUGUUUUGAACUUUCUCAAAAAAAAACCGUCAAAAACAAGCAAGUUGAAGAACUGAUAGACGUUUGGAAGAUGAACAGUACGGUGAGACAGCGUCAAGUACGUGCUUCAAACGGGUCAAACGACUCGAGCAGCAUGAAUGCUGAAAAAAAAUCCAUAAGUGAGAAACGGGGAUCAAAAGAAUCACAACAAAAGCGUCGCCAGACGAAAAAGGUCGUUUCGAAAGUCGAUCGCUACUCGAUCAUACUAUCGUGUACAUUCUUUGUUGUACUGUACGCAGUUGGCCUGGUAUUCCCGGACUGGGCACGCAAGUUCGUCACUCUGCAGUACAAAUAUCCAGGAACGAUUGACGCUUAUGAUAUCGGGUUUGACGAUGCAUACGUUGUUGUCACAUGCAUUGUGGUUCUGGUAUUGGUGCGUUCGUUUUUGUUAGAGUUCGUACUGAAACCCAUCGCGCUGAACCGCUUCAAUGUUCGGUCCCACAAGUCACAGCAGCGUUACGCGGAACAAGGCUGGUCUCUGGUAUACUACACGUUUUCUUGGGUGUACGGGUUUUAUCUCUACUAUAACUCGCCAUAUUUCCUCAACUGUGAUCACAUAUACCUGGAGUGGCCCCACGACUAUCUUUCUGGUACGUUCAAACUAUACUAUCUACUUCAAAUGGCCUCCUGGAUGCAACAAAUUUUGGUGCUCAAUGCGGAGGAGAAACGGAAAGAUUACUGGCAAAUGUUUGCUCAUCAUAUCAUCACCUGUCUGCUUUCAAUGGGCUCCUACUAUUACUAUUUCACUCGCAUCGGGCAUCUGAUUUUGAUAAUUAUGGACGUGGUAGACAUUUUGCUGUCCAGUGCCAAAAUGCUCAAAUAUUGUGGGUUCUCCACGGCUUGUGACUACAUGUUUGCCGUUUUUCUAGUGUUCUGGGUUCUACUGAGGCAUAUUGCAUACAACUACAUUUUUUACCAUGCCGGUACGAAAGCUCCAGGACUAAUGGCUAACGGUCAGUGCGGAAUCUCCGAAACUCAAAAAAGAUGUUGGACGCCGUUUAUUAUCGAUGUGUUUCUAUGGCUGCUUGGGGGCCUGCAAGUGAUUACAAUCAUAUGGAUGUUCUUAAUCGUGAAGGUGUUGAUUAAGAUCAUCAGAGGUGGCUCUGCUGAGGAUGUUCGCAGUGACGAGGAUGAUACCGAUUAA